UCGGUCUGAGAAAGGGGGGAACCCAGACAGAUCAAAAGCGCGGAUUCUAGCUGGACUGUGUUAAAAACUAAACGCACAGAACUGACAAUACGUAGCACGAAGAACAGGAUGAAGGAUUCGAUUCUGCGCUUUUGUGUCCUAAAUGAAACUCUGACUCGGUUUUGUGUGUGCUCCUCCCACCCCCGGAGCAGCGCGGUGCAGGCGGCCCUGCCAAGUCAGUUUGAAAAGAUCAGACAAAGGCAGCAGGAAGCCCCUCGGCUUGGCAAUGCGUGCGAGCGGAGCGCAAACGCGACGCGGUUUAUUUUUCGGGGCUAGCGGUGUGAGCCGACGCUCUUCCAGCUCGUAAUUCUUCACCCGCUUUCGGGAGGCAGUUUUGGAGAUCUUUUCUUCUUCUUCUUUUUACCGGGGGAAAAUGUACGACCGCCUGGAUCCUCGCGAAGAGCGGAGACAGUUAUCUCAACACAAAAUGGGCAGCGUCGUGUGACCGAGCGCGAGCGUUUCCCCUCCGUUUUACUGUGUUGGAAAGCAGCUUCUCUCUCUCUCUCUCUCUCUCUCUCUCUCUCUCUCUCUCUCUCUCUCUCUCGCCUUUCCUCCGCGUGUCCCAGGAGUUGAUCCAUUUACACACUUAAAUGUAAAAAAAAAAAAAAAAAGAGAGAGAAAAGAAAAGAGAAACGAUUUGGAGGAUCCGUUAUUAAUUUUUCCCCCUCCUUAAGCAAAGGGGGAAGUGAACUUGUGGGUCGCGUGCACGUUUUUUUUAAGAUGGAGACGCACGUCUCGUGCCUCUUCCCAGAGAUUUUAGCCAUGAUUUUCAGUUACUUGGACGUGAGGGACAAAGGCCGGGUGGCCCAAGUGUGCACAGCGUGGAGAGACGCGUCCUACCACAAGUCGGUGUGGAGGGGGGUGGAAGCCAAGCUGCAUCUCAGGAGGGCCAACCCGUCCCUGUUCCCCAGCCUUCAGGCCAGGGGUAUCCGGAGGGUGCAGAUCCUCAGCCUGAGGCGCAGCCUGAGCUAUGUGAUCCAGGGCAUGCCCAACAUCGAGAGCCUGAACCUGAGUGGCUGCUACAACCUGACUGACAACGGCCUGGGGCACGCUUUCGUCCAGGAGAUCUCCUCAUUGCGUGUUCUCAACCUCAGCCUGUGCAAGCAGAUUACAGACUCCAGCUUGGGCCGGAUAGCUCAGUACCUGAAGAACUUGGAGGUGCUGGAGCUGGGCGGCUGCAGCAAUAUCACAAAUACGGGAUUGCUCCUGAUCGCGUGGGGCUUACACCGGCUCAAGAGCCUCAACCUGAGAAGCUGCAGGCACGUCUCCGACGUGGGCAUCGGCCACCUAGCCGGCAUGACCAGAAGCGCCGCUGAGGGCUGCCUCAGCCUGGAGUACCUCACGCUUCAGGACUGCCAGAAGCUCACAGACCUGUCUCUCAAGCACAUCUCCAAAGGCCUGACGAGACUCAAAGUUCUCAACCUGAGCUUCUGCGGAGGCAUCUCGGACGCCGGCAUGAUCCACUUGUCCCACAUGACCAGCCUGUGGAGUCUUAACCUGCGCUCGUGUGACAACAUCAGCGACACGGGCAUCAUGCAUCUCGCCAUGGGGACGCUAAGACUUUCUGGCUUGGACGUGUCUUUCUGCGACAAGAUCGGCGACCAGAGCCUGGCGUACGUAGCCCAGGGCCUGUACCAGCUCAAGUCCCUGUCGCUGUGCUCGUGCCACAUAAGCGACGAUGGGAUCAACCGGAUGGUGCGCCAGAUGCACGAGUUGAGGACCCUGAACAUUGGCCAGUGUGUGCGGAUUACAGACAAAGGCCUGGAGCUCAUAGCGGACCAUCUGACCCAGCUGACCGGUAUUGAUUUGUAUGGAUGUACAAAAAUUACUAAGAGGGGACUGGAAAGGAUAACACAGCUCCCCUGCCUUAAAGUUUUGAACCUGGGCCUUUGGCAGAUGACUGAAAGUGAAAAAGUGCGGUAAAACUUGGGUGAGAUUGUGCCGGGCAGGGGGAGGGGCGUGACGUGGGCGGGGAAUUUACAUUAUUCUAAAGGGGGGGGGGGGGGGGGGGGGGGGGGGGAUCCGGGCGUGGAUUAAAGCGAUUCAGAUUUAUUCGUCUGGGAAGAAAAUAUGAACAGUAUUUCAUCUGCCGUUUUAUUAACCCAUUGUAUCAGUCAGAGUGUGGUGUGCAACACUUUAAAAAAAAAAAAAAGUUUUAAUCUCUAACCGGUUGCAAUACUAGCCUAAAUCGUGUCCUUCCCUACUAAAUGUCGCGCCUAAAGCAUUUCGGCUACCUCGUACCUGUGUUUUAACUCGUGUCCUUCAAUUAAAAAGGCGGAUAUGGAGAUAAAUUGUGCCUAGGAAGCAGCCCCCCUCCCCCAUCUCAUUUCUCGCCUGAGAAUAGCAUAUAAAAAAAAAAAAAAAAGGAAAAGGAAAAAAAAGCAGAAUGGCUUAACUACCUUUGUUAAUUUUUUGCCUGAAAUGACCAACAAAAGACUGAAAAGAAGCGACGGAGAGUCGAAGAGUCAAAGCACAGAUUGUUUUUAGCUCGGACUGAAUUGAGUUUAUGCAAAGACGGAUGAAUACUGGUUUGUAUACAAAGAGCUUUUAUAUAUAUAUAUAUAUAUAUAUAUAUAUAUAUAUAUAUAUAUAUAUAUAUAUAUAUAUAUAUAUAUAUAUAUAUAUAUAUACCUAUAUAUAUUUUUUUCAUCCUGUUUAGUUUUGGAUUUAAGGCCUUGCAAAAGCCUUUUUUGAUUCAAGCUUUGAAUAAGAGGUCCGCUCUGCUGAUGUAUUCAUGCUUAUGUAAGCAGAUAUUGUUUAAUUAAUGAAUUAACGGCUGUUGUUCAGAGCAUUGUACUUCAGAGCAUUGUACUUCAAAUUGAAGUGAAAUUAUUAUUUUUUUUUUUUGGAACAGAAGAAAUAUCCGCAUCAGUAGCUAAUUCUACAGUCUCAUUCACCUUAUUGUUGUUGUUAUUAUUAUUAUUAUUAUUAUUAUUAUUAUUAUUAUUAUUUGCUUCCUCAAUAGACUAGAGGGUCACACACCAAAAUUCUAGCAUACAUUAUUUUGUCCUUAUUUUAAACGAGCUCAUGUUUAAAAUUUACCCAGGAGGACGUUAUUAAACACAAAUGGAUUUUAAAUUUUUUUUUUUUUUUUUUAAUUUUAUUUUUUUAUUUGUCCCUAUUUCGGGUAAGAAGCAUCGCGUAUCAGGCCUGUGUGAUAUGAUAUGAUGUACUGAGUCCUGCUGAAAAGCUACUGUGUUUUAAAUGUACUGUAUGUCUUUGUAAAGAAAAAGAGAAAAGAAAUCUCAAAUGUUUUAUAUUCUUACAGUAAAACAUUAAAGUUGAUAUUUAUAUAAUUAAACCAAAAAAAAGAGGACCACUUGGGAUUUGUAUCUUGGCAGAAUUUGAUUUAGGACGGUUUACGGAUUGAUUGAUUAAUUAAUUAGUAAUAAAUAAUAGGGCAGGUUUUAUUGUACAUGCAGCGGCAUGUGAACACAAGUUUUUAACGCCGUGCGCUCUCUCUCUCGCGCGCGCUCUCUCUCUCUCUCUCUCUCUCUAUAUAUAUAUAUAUAAACAGAUAUUGAGAGCUGAGAGCAAUGAGCUGAUGCGUAAGUGUAGAAAGGAUAUAUAUUAAUAUGAAUAAUGGUAAUAAUCGUUAUUGUCCGUGUGCACGUUUGUUGUGAUGUUGUUUACAGAACGCACAAAAUGGAUGCUUCUUGUUUUGCAAGGGGGGGGGGGGGGGGCUUUAGUAAUUAGUCCGAAUCACAGCCCUAUAUUUUUAGCGGUUAAAGCAGUGAACUCUACCCGAUCACAAUGUCAUUUCGUUCACUUUUUAAGGAUGCUUUCGCUCAGAGAGAGAGAGACGGAUCAUGGCAUAGGUUGUUGUUGUUUUUUUCGCGCUCCGGUUAUUUUUCUGCACUUUUCAACUGAAAUCGCAAAUCCAUGCUUAAAAAGUCUUAAAAAAACAAAACAAAA